AAUUGUAUAUAAUCUUUUUUAUUAUCAUGCACCAAUUAUAAUCGCGAGAACCUGCGGCGGACGCCCGUGCCGCGUGAUAAACAUGACAAAAAACCAUUUAGACGCCGCGAUCGCCUCGAAGUCAGAGCUAAGCGCGCUUGACACGUCGAACCGAUCGAACGUAGUCGAACGCAGCCGAGCGCGCGACGAUUUCACGGCUCAUGGAUAGACGGAGCGCGAUGUGUGCGUGAGUGCGUGAGUGGGAGUGUGCCACGUGCCAGUAGGCAGUAUCUUGGAAUCGCAGUCGCAGCACGACAGCAUCACAGGACGUGUUCUGGUUCUGCUUCCAACAUGAUUAAUCCUACGAACGUUGCGACGACGGCGGCGUCGACGACGACGGCGGCGUCGACGACAACGACGACGGCCGCGGUGGCGACGACGAUGACGAUUACGCCAGGCACGGCAGCGUCGACGUCGACGACAACGACGACGGCCGCGGUGGCGACGACGAUGACGAUUACGCCAGGCACGGCAGCGUCGACGUCGACGACAACGACGACGGCCGCGGUGGCGACGACGAUGACGAUUACACCAGGCACGGCAGCGUCGACGUCGACGACAACGACGACGGCGGCGGGGUCGACAACGGCAGAAACUGCCGUUCUAGAAACGACCCCAUUAAAAGAGAGGACUAAUUUGUCCACAAAUUUAACUAAAAAAGAAUUAAUUAAUAUGAUGAAGGAAGUGCUGGCGGAGGCAGCAAAAAAUAAGCGAGGAAGUAGAGGAGGCAGAGGAGGCAGAGGAAGCAGAGGAAGCAGAAGAGGCAGAGGAGGCAGGGGUGGCAGGGGCGCCAAGGGAAGAAAUAACUCCAUAAUAUGUAGGGGGGGGAUACACAUUUAUUAUAACGAAAAUGAGAAGAACUAAAAAUUUUAUAAACCAAAAAUUUUAUAAACCUUUUGUACUACUUUUAUAAAUAAAAAUAAAAUAUAAAAUUUUAAAAAAUCUAAACGAGAGAUGCAACAUCGGAGUUUGUUUACCUUUUUUCUUCAUUCCUCGAUCUCCGCAAUUUACAAUGACGCGUACGUACAAAAUUGAUCUGGCGCGUUUAAACUAUUUCAAUCGUCAUAUCUCGAGAACUAAGCGUCCUAGAAAGACGAUUUUUUUUUCUAAACUGAGCUAUCUCGAAGAGACAAGAUUAAUGAGCUGAAUUAUUAUUUUAUAUCUCCUCAAAUAAACGUAAUAAUUAUUUUUUCUUUUUUAAAUUAUUUAUUUGACGCGUUAAAUAUGUAUGAAUAAUUUAUUUACCUAUGCGGCGUGUGCAUAUGCUCUAUGUUAUUAUAACUACCGUGUCUAUUAAUUAAAAAUUUUUUAUUACUUUUAUUGCAAGGAAUGUGUAC